AAAAGUAGAAGAAAAGAUUGCAGAAGCAGUCAGUGAGGCAGCAGAAUUCGUCGAGAAAGGAGCAGAUAAAGUUAUUGAAGACGCAGAGGUUGUUGAAGAGAUCGGAGAAAAGGUGGAAUCUGCAGUACAGGUUGUAGAAGAGGUUGCAGGUGCCGCUGCCAAAGCCGCUCAUGAUACUCCUGGUAUUCCUGAAUCUGUUGCAGAGAAAGCUGAAGAGACAAAGGAAAUUGCUGAAAAGGUGGAAGAGGUCAUUGGCACAGUAGAGUUUAUUGCAGAAAAGGUUGAGGAAGUUGCAGAGGAGAUUAAAAAAGAAGCAGAGGCUGUUGAAAGUAAAGCGGUUGAACUGAUAGAGAGCAAGGAAAAGAGAGAAGAACUCAUAGAAAAAGCCAUUGAUUAUGUGACUGGUAAGACACAUGAGGAAUUGGAGGGUGUAGAAAUCAAGAAACCGGAAGCAGCACUUGUAGAAGAACCUGUGGCAGUUGCAGAUGCCAAAGAACCUGAAGUGACAUCCGUUGAAGAAGGAAAGCAAGGAGCAAGGGAGCCAGAAGUGCCAGCACCUGAGGGAAUGGAAGUUCAAGAAAAACUUUCUGCUGUAACUGAAGAAAAAGAAGCAACAGUGGCACCAAUUGAAGAACUGAAGGAGGCUGAAGUAACCACAGAGAAGAGUGCUGAAAAGAUUGGUUUGGUUGAUAAACUAAUCCAGAUUUUCUCCAGUGAGGAUGAAAAACAGGGUGAUGAAAACCUAUCCUUAGAACCAGGAGUAAAGGAAGCUGUUGCUGAAGUUGGAGACAAAGUGGAGGAAGAAGUUACAAAAGGGGAAAAGCCAAGAAGUGGAGAAGGAUGCAGCAGAUGUAUCUAAAGCAGCAGACAUUGUGAAAGAAGAAGUGAGCACAGAGGAACCUGCAGUGGCACCAGUUGUUGAAGUCGCACAGUCUGAAAUACUUUGUAACGGAAGAACAGCAGCCACAAUCAGCACCUAUUACAGAAGAAAAAGAACCAACAUUGAUUCGUGAUGAAAAGACACAAAAAGAGAGAGUAGGUUUAGUUGAUAAAAUAUUGCAGUUCUUCUCCAGUGAGGAAGAAAAACCUGAGCCUGUAAAGGAGGUUGUAGAAACACUGGUAAAGGAAGCUGUUAUUGAGGGUGGAGAGAAAGUUGAGGAAAAAAUAGCAGAGGCUGUUAGUGAUGUAGCAAAAGAAGCUGAGAAAGAAGCAGAUGAAGUAUUAAAAGCAACUGAACUUGUUGAAAAGGUAAGUGAAAAGAUGGAAUCAGCUGUAGAUGUUGUAGAAGAAGCUGCAGGUGCUGCUGCCAAAGCUGCUCAUGAUACUCCUGGUAUACCUGAAUCUGUUGCAGAGAAAGCUGAAGAGACAAAGGAAAUUGCAGAAAAGGUGGAAGAGGUCAUUGGCACAGUAGAGUUUGUUGCAGAGAAGGUUGAGGAAAUUGCAGAAGAGAUUAAAAAGGAAGCAGAGGCUAUUGAAAGUAAAGCCGUUGAAUUGAUAGAGAGCAAAGAAAAGAGAGAGGAACUCAUAGAAAAAGCUAUUGAUUAUGUGACAGGACAAACACCAGAAGAAUUGAAAAGCACAGAUGUGAAAGACCUCGAAGUGACACCCAUAGAAGAGGAAGUUAAACAGAUUGAAGAUGUGAAGGCGAAAGAAGAGGCACCAGCUGCAGAAGUGAAGGAGGCAGAAGUUGUUGCAGACAAAAGUAUUGAGAAGAUAGGAUUGGUUGGUAAACUUAUGCAGUUCUUCUCUAAUGAAGAGAAGACACCAGAGUCAGUAGAACCAGUGGUAAAAGAUGCUAUAGUUGAAGGUGGAGAAAUUGUGGAGGAAAAAGCUGCAGAAGCGGUAAGUGAAGUAGCCCAAAGUGUAGAGAAAGAUGCAGGAGAUGUAUCUAAGGUUGCACAAGUUGUAGAAGAUGUUAGUACAAAGGUUGAAUCAGUUGUAGAAGUGGUUGAAGAAGCUGCGGAUGCUGCUGUCACAGCUGCUCAUGAUACUCCUGGUAUUCCUGAAUCUGUUGCAGAAAAGGCUGAAGAAACAAAGUCUAUAGUUGAGAAGGUGGAAGAGGUUAUUGGCACAGUAGAGAUUGUUGCAGAGAAGGUGGAAGAAAUUGCAGAGGAGAUUAAAAAGGAAGCAGAGGCUAUUGAAAGUAGAGCCGUUGAAUUGAUAGAGAGCAAAGAAAAGAGAGAGGAACUCAUAGAAAAAGCUAUUGAUUAUGUGACAGGACAAACACCAGAAGAACUGAAAAGCACAGAUGUGAAAGACCUUGAAGUGACACCCGUAGAAGAGGAAGUUAAACAGAUUGAAGAUGUGAAGGCAAAAGAAGAGGCACCAGCUGCAGAAGUGAAGGAGGCAGAAGCAGACAAAAGUAUUGAGAAGAUAGGAUUGGUUGGUAAACUUAUGCAGUUCUUCUCCAGUGAGGAAGAAAAGCCUGGAAAAGAUGUUGCAGUGGAAGGUGAAUCGGCAGUUCAGAAAGCAGCAGAUGAAGUAAUUACAGCAGCUGGAGUAGUUGAAGAGAUUAGUAAAAAGGUGGAAUCAGCUGUAGAUGUUGUAGAAGAAGCUGCAGGUGCUGCUGUCACAGCUGCUCAUGAUACUCCUGGUAUACCUGAAUCUGUUGCAGAGAAAGCUGAAGAGACAAAGGAAGUUGCUGAAAAAGUGGAAGAGGUUAUUGGUACAGUAGAGUCUGUUGCAGAAAAGGUUGAGGAAGUAGCAGAAGAAACUAAAAAGGAAGCAGAGAUUAUUGAAGGUAAAGCAGACACAUCUCAGGCAGAAUCUGGUUUGUUUGAUCAGCUGAUUAGCAUCUUCUCUAAAAAAGAAGAAACUAAAGAGGAUGUUCCACCUGCUCCUGAGGCAGCAGUGGAGCCACAGGAGCCAGAUACAGUUGUUGCAACUGAAAGAGCAGAAAAGUCAGAUUCCGAAGGGGCCAAGGAUAAUUCCACUGACAUUGUAAAUAUUGAUGAAACCGUCUCUACCUCACUGAAACCCUCAGAAACCAAUGAUGAUUCCACACCUGUGGUUGACAAGCUCUUGUCAUCUGAAUCUGCAAAGAAAGAAUCUUUAGUGGAGAAAUUUGCAAGUUUUUUUGGUGAGAAAAAACCUGACAGUAAGCAGUCUGCUGGUGUGACUUCAGAUAGUAGUAAGGAAAUUCAUGCAUCUGACUCUCCAACAGAGGCUGUUCCAGAACCGGUAGCAGUUGGUGAUUCCUCACCCGAGGGAGCGACAUCUGUGUCAGGACCUUCAGAGGAGUCCCAGGUACAGUCCCCCUCUAUUAGAAUAGGCCAGGGUACAGUUGAAGGGGUGGAAGGUAGCAUUUCAGGUUUGGCAACACCAGAUGCACCAAGUGAAGUUAUGCCAGCUUUUAGUGAGAAAACAACAGAACCAGUUUUGGAGGUGAAGGACAAAGGUCUUUUUGAUCAGCUGGCUGAAUUGAUAAGUAGCGAUGAAAAGCAGAAUAUUGUGGCCUUUUCUGGUGCUGCUUCUCAGCAACCAACAGAGAAAGUAGACCAAACAUCAUCCGAAAAAACUGAGACUGAAGUUUCUGGUUCGGAUAAAGCUGCUACAGAGGAAGUAAAGCCUUCAUUCCUGGAUAAAAUUGCAACCAUGCUGAAAAGUAAAGGUUCUCCUGAAAUUACCAGUACUGAAAAAGAACCAACUCAGGGUAGUGAAACCUCAAAAGAGAAUGCUAGAGAUGAUGAUGUGUUUAUUGUAGUAGGAAAACCAAGCCAUCCAGUUGAUGUUGACUCCGCAGAAAGCUCCCAGCAAAGCAAGAAUCCAGUGAGCUCCCAUCAGCAAGGCUGGUCAAGGACCGGAGCUGAGGUGAAGCAAGAAGGCAAGGACGUCAUCGUUCAGCUGACACCAACGCCUGUAGAAAAGGAUUACGGGCAGAGCAACCCUGAAGAUGCUGACAUGUACACCACAAGGAGCUAGAUGGAGACUGCUGCUAGGAUGGGGUGCAUGGGAUAGGGUCAUUGUGUGCUGCCCUCUGAAGAUCUACGUCUUGUUUAAAUAACUGUAGUGGGGUAUAGGCAGAGGGGGAGUGUGUUCUUGUUAGUCAUUUUUCCAUGAGUAAGGGCUUAUAAUUCUUAUCAUUAGUGUUUGUAUUGUGUGUUUGGGCAGUUUUCUUAUUUGGGUUUCAAGUCUUUACUAUUAGGCAGUUAACAUAUUCAAUGAGAGUUAUUUAAUAAUUUAACAAUUGAUCUUACAUUCAUUAGAUUUAUGCGCCUAUAUUUUUAAUCUUCAUUAAAGUAUGUUUAAUAAGGCAAUUUAGCUAAGGAAACUGACAUUUUCUCUGUUAUCUCACUGAUCAUUUGACAAAACUUUUCAUUAUUAAACCUCUACAUAACAUGGAUCAGCCCUAUAAUUAUUUUGUCUUCUGUAAAAAAUUCAAUUUAACUGUAAAAAGAAUGUAAAGUCAGAGAUGAUUUGGUAGGUGACAUGCAGCUCCAUGGGAAAUGACCUUUGUGUAUAUACCUUUUCUCAAUAAAGAAUAUUGGAUGUAUAUUUAAAA